AUGGCUCGCGGAAACCAGAGGGACAAGGCUCGUGAGGCCAACCUCAAGAAGCAAGCCGCCCAGAAAAAGGGCACCAACAUGAGCGGCACCGAGAUGCAGCGCGCCAAGGAGAGCGCUGCCGAAAUCAUGCGCGCGAAGCAGGCUGCCGCCGAGGCCAAGAAAGCAGAGGCGGCCAAGAAAUAG